AUGAAGUUCUCAGUUCUUACAAUUGGAGGUGCCAUCGCUAGCGUGAACGCUGCUGCCCUGGGUGAGCGUUCCCAGUUUGAAGAGCGAGCUACGUAUGCUGUUAUCGGCAAGCCAGAAGGCUUCGCAUCUGGGACCACGGGGGGUGGAAGUGCUGCAUGUGCUAUCCCAUCCAGCGUCGCGCAGUUGAAGACCUGGCUUACAGAUAGCACUGCUCGAUGCAUCGUGCUGGACAAGGAGUACAACUUCAAAGGCACCGAAGGCACUACCACUGAGACUGGAUGUCGGCCAGCGUCCAACACAUGCCCGGGUAAUGGUGGUCAAGACGCAAUCAACAAGGCCUCCUGGUGCACCAACGGAAAUGCAGGUGCUGGCGUCAAAUCUAUCAGUGUUACCUACGAUACCGCUGGUGUUGCGGGUAUCAAUGUAGGCUCUAACAAGAGCAUCAUUGGAGUUGGAUCGAAGGGCGUGAUUCGUGGAAAGGGUCUGCGUAUGGCCAACGGCGCAAAGAAUGUUAUCAUUCAAAAUAUUCAUAUCACUGAGCUCAACCCUCAGUACAUCUGGGGUGGAGAUGCCUUGACUGUGGAUGGUUCAGAUCUCAUCUGGGUUGACCACGUUAAAGUAUCUCUCAUCGGCCGCCAGAUGUUCGUCGCCGGAAACGGUGCCUCAAACCGCGUCACCAUCUCGAACAGCGAGUUCGACGGGUCGACCAGUUGGUCCGCUACCUGUGACGGCCACCACUACUGGGGCAUCUACUUGACUGGCUCCUCAGACCUGAUCACCAUGAAGGGCAACUACAUCCACCACACCUCCGGCCGCAGCCCCAAGAUUGGAGGAAACACCCUCCUGCACGCAGCCAACAACUACUGGUACGCCAACUCUGGCCACGCCUUUGACAUCGCAGCCGGUGGCCAGGCUGUCGUCGAGGGCUCCGUGUUCCAGAACGUGGUCACGCCGCUUCUCGCCAACUCGGGGGGCAAGCUUUUCGGCAGCCCGUCUACGAGUGCCAACACUGCCUGCUCCAACUACUUGGGCCACGCUUGCCAGUUGAAUGCUUUUGGAAGCUCUGGAACCCUGGGAGGGACUGAUACCUCUUUCUUCAGCAACUUCAAUGGCAAGUCUAUUGCUAGUGCUGCCACGGCUAGUUCGAAUAUCGCAAAUACUGCGGGUGUUGGCAAGAUCUGA